ACGAACACUUCCCAAGUUCGAGUUCCACUAGGACGAUUUUAGCAAACAUUCUUCAACUUUAUAACUUAAAACUAUUAAAUUAUAAAUAUCAAUUUAUAACUAGAGUUUGCGGAAUCAAAAAACGUCUACAAUUACAUUUUGUGAAACCUUACAUGUAAUAUUUUAAACUUUUUAUAAAUCAAGAUUUAGAAAGUAUGGAAAAAAAGAAAAAUCGGUAAAUUUCGGCACAAAUAUAAAAACAACAAAUUUGUUCGACUUAUUGGACAACGGUUGUCUGACGUCUAGAAGUUAGUGGAACGUAAAGUCAACACACUGAACACAAUUCCGUAAGAAAAAUUUGAAAUAAAUAAAAAUUAGUAACGGAGAAAAAUCAAAUCCUUCUUCCAUACCACCGGACAAUACUGCAGGCGGCUCUGAAGCAAACGCCUUACCUACUUCAAUUGGAUUGGCUGAAACAUCAAACGGAACCAGAAUGGCCGAAGCUGUGAUUGAUGAACGUGCGCCACUACCAACUCGAUUUUAUUGUCAUGUGUGUAGUAUGGAAGUAAACAUUCCAAAUACAGACUUCACCUGCCCUCAUUGCUCUGGUGGAUUUGUGGAAGAGCUACCAUCUGUACCCAAUACUGCUAGUGGCAGCAGCAGCAGUACAUCAAGCUCAACGUAUGGCCCUAGCAAUAGAAAUUCUGAUGCACUUGGUUUAAAUCAUUUAGUUGAUAUAGAUGCAAUACGGGGGGAAAUAGAAACACUUCUAAUGUCCCGCAACGGUCCCAUUGAAAUAGCUAUAGGGCCGGCGAAUAGGCGUAGUAGCAUGCUUUUGGGAAGUGGAGGAGGUGCUACCAGUUCAGGAAGCAAUAGCGGAGCAAGUGGUGGUCCUGGGGGAGGCCGAGUACAUCCACCAAAUCUCGGAAGUUUAGACACUGUACUCCUAGAUUUUUUGCAAUCUCUCUCAGGAGGUGAUGAUGGUUACUUUGGUACUGCACCAAUGUUUUUUAUGGGAAAUCCUGGAGACUAUGCCUGGGGUCGUGAGGGUAUAGAUACAAUUGUUACUCAACUACUCAACCAAAUGGAAACGUCCGGUCCGCCACCUUUGCCAAAAGAGAAAAUAGACGAAAUCCCCAAGGUACAUGUAACCUCCGAUGAUGUAAAUCGUAAAACUCAGUGCUCAGUGUGCUGGGAAGAUUUCCGUCUAAAUGAGAUUGUGCGAAGGCUCCCAUGCUUGCACAUAUAUCACGAAAAUUGCAUUGUACCGUGGUUAGACCUACAUGGUACAUGUCCAAUUUGUCGCAAAUCUUUAAGCGAUGAAGAGAUCAUAAAUGAAGGUGUUUUGGCAAACACCGAUGUUGGUGUUAUGGACAGCAGUAUGACAGAAGUACAACAAGCUGAUGAUACCGUAAUGGAAAAUGAUGUCUUAAAUGUUGAACCUCAUAUUACCCACAAUAGUGACCCUCAACCAAGAAACAAUAAUACAGGCAGUGAUUCUAGUCAAACUGGAAACCAGCAACAAGGCAAUGUGUUUGGAUUUGAUGAUAGCGUCGUAGAUUUAGACUAAAUAAUUCAUAUAACGCACCUUUCAAAUUCCUAUUGUGUGGCUUUUUAUAAUGAAUGUGUCUGAGUUACAGCAAAAUACAUAGCACGGUUGCUAUAAAAAAUAGUAUAUACAUACAUACUUUAAAACAAUUAUACAUACUUGCGAUAAUAACUCUACAUGCCAGCACAUCUACGGAAUGUAAAAAUUUUAAGAAACCUAAGUCAACCUUAUAACAGAGUGACAGAAGCAUUACGAAAUGUUAGCUGACCUUUUUAUAUGUAUGUAAUGCUGAAAAUAAAUUUUAUAAACAAUUUAAAAAAUAUAUAUACAUACAAUAUAAAAUAAAAGAUUAAUUGUAUUGUUGAAGUAUUGGAAAAUACAUAAAUUAUCGAAAGAACUUUGAAAUGUGCAUAUAUUCGGUGUACCAACAAAAAAAAAGUAAAUUAAUUAGUUUCCAUUUAUAGAAAACCUUUUUUUAAUUUUUGAAAAAGGUACAUACAUAUAAAAACGACAAUUAAAUUAUCUUAUGAUAUUUAAGUAAACGAUAAGCUUGAUAAAACACAAAACAAAUUUUGAAUGCAGAUGUAAUAGAGGAUUAAAAUAAUAAUGGUAGUAAUGAUGUUGGUAUCGUUGACAUAAUUUACGUUGUAUUACCGGAGUUACAUACAUAUAUACUAAUUACAAAUACAUUUAUUAAUAUUGUAUAAAAUAUAUAUUUAAGUGCAUCGACAGAGAAA